CUCGGCCCCGUCCUCCCCAAACCCUUGCAGAGGAGCAUCCGAGUGCAGGCCUAAAACGACGACCACGCUUUAUCUCGCGCGCGCCCCGUGCCGCAGCCGUCGUCGUGCAGACAUGUGCACGUGCCGGUCCGGAAGUCUGCCGCUGCUGCUGACCGCCACGGUCGUUGUGUGCACACUGUGUCCGGCUCGACGGCAUUGCGGUCCGCUGUCGUCGUCCUGUUGAACGCGUCCGUCCUGCGGGUAGUGGCGUCGACAGUAUAAUAUAUUACACACUAUUGCUCCGUGUCCUGCACGUCGUGUACCGUUGUGCACCGACACCACUCGAUAAGAUCAACGGCCGUUUUACCGACCAAGCACGUACUUGAGUGGCUUGUGCGUGUGGUGUGUGCAUAUAUAUAUAUAUAUAUAUAUAUACAUACACAUAUAUACGUAUAUAGACAGCGCUGUACUGCACAGCGAUGGCGGGCUGAUAACCAAUGCGCUGUAACGGAUUCGGCGGAAGGAGCUGGCCAUCGUCUGGCGGCGGUCCGCGCUGAUGUCCGGCCGCAGAUGGGAUGGAGGCGGCGGCUGCGGGAUAGAGUCCGAGGAGGAGGAGGCCGGCGUCGGCCUCAUGUCCGGCGUGCACGUGGCCGUCCGUUACCCGCAGGACAUCAUCUUCGAGGAGGAAUCGUCGUUCGGCGGCCGGGGGUCCGUCAAGUACGGUGGCUGUGGCCGCGGUGGAAGUGGCGUUAGCGGCUGCGGUGACGGUGCCGGCGGUGGGGGUGGCGGCGGAGGAUGUCCCGGGCCGUCGUCGUCUUCGUCCGCGUGCUGUCUCAACAACCGGACGUCCGGCGCCACGCACAUGCUUAUUUGGAAUCAGCCGGAACUGGACGAACUGACGGCCGCGGACAACCACAACGGGUACAGUCACAGGCCCGUGCCGGCCAAAGCAUGGAUUGGUUCCCGUCACAUCGUUACGUUCAUGUUGUUCCUCGGCAUGGCCAACGCCUACAUCAUGAGGACCAACAUGUCAGUAGCCAUAGUGGCCAUGGUCAACCAGACAGCACUGGAAAGGGACCCGACCAUUCCGGACGACGAAUGUGAGGGCUACUACACACCCGCCGCGAACACAACCGUACACAACAUGUCCAACGAGGGAUCAUUCUUAUGGAGCACGUCCCAACAGGGCUAUGUGCUCAGUUCAUUCUUCUACGGCUACGUUAUAACGCAAAUACCAUUUGGGAUACUGUCGAAGAAGUAUGGCGCCAAGUAUUUCCUUGGCGUUGGCAUGCUCAUAAAUUCGGUGUUCGGCUUUUUGGUGCCGUUAUCUGCCAACUUCGGCAUAUUUUCUCUGAUCACCAUACGUUUCAUUCAGGGCCUUGGAGAAGGUCCCAUAGUUCCUUGUACACACGCCCUGCUUGCUAAAUGGAUCCCUCCGAACGAGAGGAGCCGUAUGGGAGCAUUCGUCUAUGCAGGGGCGCAAUUUGGCACAGUCAUUUCCAUGCCACUGAGUGGCGUACUUUCGGAAUACGGGUUUGCCGGUGGAUGGCCGUCAAUAUUCUACGUGUUCGGUGCUAUCGGCACCCUGUGGUCCGUCGCAUUUUUGUGGCUCGUACACGAGGACCCCGAGUCUCAUCCCACCAUACCGCAUGACGAGAGGAAAUACAUUAUUAGUUCCGUUUGGGGAGCUGCCGGUGUGUCCUCUCCCCCUGUGCCAUGGAGAAGCAUAUUAAAGUCGGCUCCGUUCUGGGCCAUAUUGGUCGCUCACAUGGGUCAAAAUUACGGAUACGAAACGCUCAUGACCGAGCUGCCGACUUUCAUGAAACAAGUGUUGCACUUCAAUAUAAAAGCUAACGGAACGUACUCGUCACUGCCGUACCUCGCCAUGUGGGUGUUCUCAAUGGUGGCCAGCCAUAUAGCCGACAUGAUGAUCUCCUCAGAAAAGUUUUCGCACACUCUCACGCGCAAAAUCGUCAACUCUAUCGGUCAAUUCGGUCCAGCAAUAGCGCUAAUCGCUGCAUCAUAUACAGGCUGCGAUCCGUACCUGACUGUGGCCAUAUUGACCGUGGGUGUGGGUCUCAACGGCGCCAUUUACUCGGGAUUCAAAGUCAACCAUCUAGACAUAUCGCCGCGGUUCGCUGGAAUACUGAUGAGCCUGACCAAUUGCUUGGCCAACUUAGCUGGAUUGUUGGCCCCGAUCGUUGCCGGCUACGUUAUCGACAAAAGGCCCACCCAAGCAGCCUGGAGAGUCGUAUUCAUAACAUCGGCAGUCGUGUACAUGGUGUGCUGUACAAUUUAUCUGGUAUUUGGCAACGGCACUCGUCAACCGUGGGACAAUCCGUCUAACGAUCAAAUUAACUUGGAGCACAAGAAAAAUAAAAAGAAGAAUAAGAUGGCCAUGGACAUCGAGGACACCGUUCAAUGAACGGCGAACCCCAACGUCGUACCCACUAUCACCCUACACUCAACAGCCCCAGCUCACCAAUCCUCCUCCCAAAAUAAUCAUGCAAUCACCCACGUCCCAUUAAAUCAACUACCAUCUCAGUCGAAUCGCGCGAGUAUUGCAUUUAUAUUGCAUCUACAUAUGCGCAUGCACGUUUUUGUGUAAAAAUUUAUAUAAGGAGAGUACCAAGCACGAUGGAUACAACAAUUUGCAUAUUAAGCGUGGAUGUGUUUAUGUAAAAGUGAAUAUUAUGUUUGUUAACAAAACAAAAAGUAAAGCACAUCUGUGAAAGGUUUGAAAUAUAUAUAUAUAUAUAUAA